AUGUCGUUUCAGAUUCCUGGGUCAGCGCUGAGUAGGGUUCUGCGCAGUGGAAUCGUUCGGCAACGACUCGCUGCCACCGGUGCUCAAGCUGGUCAACUGCGGUCCCGGCUUUCAGCUCAGCGAUCAUACUCGAACGCGAACGACGCCCUUGAAGAAACCCCCAUCGAUAACGAUCCCGAGCCCUCCAGCGAAGUUUCCGAGAGACCCGCGAGAUUCACCCGCAAUGGUGCGAAUAGGGGUCGCAAACAACGCGGCGACAAGCCCGUCGUCGACACGGAGAUGCGCAAACAGGAAGAGCGCGCGUUGAUGGCAAUCGCUACCGGGUCUAACGCGGCGGAUGGCGAGAUAAAUGAUGAGAUUCGUGGAGCUAGUUUCAAUCGCAAGACGAUCAAUAUGGAGCUGAAAUGGCUGGAGGACCCCCGUGAUCUGGCGGAUCGGGUUGCGCGCAUUCUGCGGAGUGGUGAUCCAGCCAUGGCGGCAGCUCUGGUUCGCCAGGCACAGAAGGAGGGCAAGAGAUGUGAUGUCGCUUGGAAUCAUCUUCUUAGCUACUGCAUGCAGCGGGGGUUCCCACAAGUGGCUUUUAAAUUCUAUAAUGACAUGAAAAAACGAGGCCGCAUGCCUACCUCCGUAACAUAUACGCUUAUGCUCAAGGGUCUCGCCGACGCUCCGAAAUCUACCGCCAACGUCAAGAUGGCCGAGUCUAUUUACAAGUCGAUUAAGAACUCCGAGGUCGAGCCCAGCAUCAUCCACACCAAUGCCAUGCUCUCAGUCUGCGAUCGUCACAAUGAUAUGGAAUCGCUAUGGCGCAUUGCUGGAGACCUCCCGGAAGAGGGCCCGCAAGCACCUGAUAUGAGGACCUAUACCAUCAUUCUAGGUGCUCUUCAAUACGCGGCGCGUCAUGACAUUGACAAACUUAGUCCUCAUGAAACGGACAAGAUUGUCGAACGUAAAGACCAAAUGGUCAUGGAGGGUAAGAGGAUUUGGGCGGACGUUCUAUACCGAUGGACGAAAGACCAGCUGCAGAUUGACAACCAUGUUGUGAACGCCAUGGCCAGUCUGCUGCUGGAGGGUGCCCGCGAGAGAGAUUAUUACGAUGUUCUCGCGCUCUACCACCAAACGAUGGGUAUCCCAAUCUUUGCCAAGCAGCCAGCUGAGACAACAAAAUGUUCUCGAUUCACAUUGUUCCGCUUGGCGUUUUUGCGGAGAUCGCAGGAGCUUGUGUCCCAGCCCGCUGAGGACGUGCCGUUCGUGGAUGAGAACAACCAACCCUUGCGAGAAGAGCCCGAAAUGGAAGAGGAUAUGGAGGAAGCCGAGGCUGAGGAGGAAAUCGAGAAUUUCGACAUGAUCUUUGACUCCGUCGUCCCUAAGACUGAGGGUCUGUCUUAUCUCCAGCCGGGAAGCAAGGAGCUUACUUUUAUCGAGGAUGUCUGUCAUAGACUGCCCCAGGGAUUUGCCGCAGGUUAUUCCUACUGGGACCAUUUGACUGUCGAGUCUGAAAAUCGCUUCGAGCCUGAUGCGAUCGCCUAUGCUCAGUAUCUACGUCUUCUUCGUGCUGGACGAGCUAGUAAGAGGGCUGUACAGGUUCUGCAGAACCAGGCAUUGCCCUCUGGCAACGCGAAUGAGAAGCUGUUCCAUCUUGCCAUGGCCUGCUGUCGCCGUGACCGCAACAACGCUUCCGUGCUCCUGCAUGCAAACGAACUCCUCGACACCAUGCACAAAGCCCUCGUCCUGCCCGACCCACGAGUCCUCGAGUCAUACCUGGAAUUGGUCCAGGCUCUCUCCCAAGCUCCGCAUGUCCUCCUGAAUCUGAGAGGUUUGCCCAAGGAAGAGCGCAGCAAGAUCACCGACUUGAAGGCCUUAGGUAAGAGACUGCAGGCAGAUUUGCAUCUUGCUGCUAUCACCGCUUUGCGUUCCCAGGUUCUCCAGCUCCACGAGGCCCUGCAAAACGGCAAGCCCGGUCGGAGCAGCCGCUGGGGCACGUUGAAGAACGGCUCUGGCAAUAUCUCUGGCUCUCUGGCUGUGAAGGUGAUGGCUCGAGUCCGUACCGUGAUUGACGAGACAUUGAAGGCGGAGUAUGCUCCUUUCGUCCCGAAGGGUGACCGUAAGGGCCUGCAGUCAGAGUCGAAACUUUUGAGAACGUACUCUGACAAAGAGACUGUCAAGAAGUUCGGCAAUUUGUCUGUUUAUCCUAGUAUUGAGCAGAAGAACGCGUUCAGGGAGCGACAGUUGGAUAUUGCCGAUGAAGCUUCUGAUCGCAAGGGCCGCAAGGCAGACAAGUCGGAGGAGGUUCAAGAGCCAACUUCCUCGGACAACGUGAAGCAAGAACGUGAGACUUGA